GACCCUCCUCCUCCCACCACGUGUCCUCCCCGCUCCCUCCCGAGGGGCCGCGCGCACUGGAAGCCGGAGAGGCGGAAAGGAUGGCGCUGUGACCGCCGGGCCGGAGCCCUCGCGUCCCCACCCCGCGCCCCGGCCGCUCGGCCCGGCGACCCAUCCGUGCAGCGUUCGCCCGUCUUUUUUGGAAACAUACAAGAAGCUGACUUUGAACUCUGGAGGGAUCUUUCCUUUGAAGUCCCGGAGGAUGCGACCCUCAAGAUGCGCCCUCACUCCACACCUAGGAAUUGCCCACGCCCCUAGAAGGCAGGAGCGUGGCUCAUUGUACUGGCUUAGGAGCCGGCGAAUAGAGAAAUUGCGGCCAGAAGCGACGAGUCAUUUCUCUGUAGGGCGGGCCCUAGCAGAUUUGUGCACCUUUUGGGGUAUCCAGGCAUACCCCUCGCUGUGUGUCACUGACUCCCAGGUUAGGAAAGUCCCUUAAGGCAGGACGACUAUUUUCUGAACCAGCUUUUGGACAGAACCUUUGAAUUUGGAAAAUCCAGAUGAUGAACCUUCUGAGCCAGCCACUCUGCUGAUGCUUAACUGCCUUCUAGUCCCGACCCAGUUGAAGAUGGCAUCCACAGCCUACCCUCUCAAUUUGACCCUGAAAGAAGAGGAAGAGGAAGAAGAGAUUCAGAGCCGGGAACUGGAGGAUGGCCCCGCAGAUAUGCAGAAAGUACGAAUCUGCUCAGAGGGUGGAUGGGUACCAGCCCUGUUUGAUGAGGUGGCCAUAUAUUUUUCUGAUGAAGAGUGGGAAGUUUUGACGGAGCAACAAAAGGCCCUCUACCGGGAAGUCAUGAGGAUGAAUUAUGAAACUGUCCUGUCCCUGGAAUUCCCGUUCCCUAAGCCAGACAUGAUCACUCGGUUGGAAGGGGAGGAGGAGUCUCAGAAUUCUGACGAGUGGCAGCUCCAAGGAGGAGGAACCUUUGCAGAAAAUGGAGAGUCGGACGUAAAGCCCCCAGACUGGGCAAGCCCACUGAACGCCGCCGCCCACUUUGCGCAGCCUCAGCACCUUGACAGCUUUGGCCUCCGUCUGCCCCGGGACAUCACGGAGCUGCCCGAGUGGAGUGAGGGCUACCCCUUCUACAUGACCAUGGGCUUCCCCGGCUACGACCUCUCUGCCGACGACAUAGCUGGCAAGUUUCAGUUCAGCCGGGGCAUGCGCCGCAGUUACGACGCGGGGUUCAAGUUAAUGGUGGUGGAAUACGCCGAGAGCACCAACAACUGCCAGGCCGCCAAGCAGUUCGGAGUGUUGGAAAAAAACGUUCGGGACUGGCGCAAAGUGAAGCCGCAGCUCCAGAACGCGCACGCCAUGCGACGGGCAUUCCGAGGCCCCAAGAACGGGAGGUUUGCUCUGGUGGACCAGCGUGUGGCCGAGUACGUCAGAUACAUGCAGGCCAAAGGGGACCCCAUCACCAGGGAGGCGAUGCAGCUAAAAGCCCUUGAAAUCGCCCAGGAAAUGAACAUUCCAGAGAAAGGGUUCAAGGCCAGCUUGGGCUGGUGUCGAAGAAUGAUGCGAAGGUAUGACCUGUCCCUGAGGCACAAAGUGCCCGUGCCCCAGCACCUGCCCGAAGACCUGACCGAGAAACUCGUCUCGUACCAGCGGAGCGUGCUCGCUCUGCGCAGGGCGCAUGACUACGAGGUGGCUCAGAUGGGGAACGCAGAUGAGACGCCCAUUUGUUUAGAGGUGCCAUCGAGGGUGACUGUUGACAACCAGGGCGAAAAGCCCGUCUUGGUCAAGACGCCAGGCAGGGAAAAACUGAAAAUCACGGCAAUGCUUGGCGUCUUAGCUGAUGGGAGGAAAUUACCCCCGUACAUCAUUUUGAGGGGAACGUAUAUCCCCCCCGGGAAGUUCCCCAGCGGGAUGGAAAUCCGUUGCCACCGGUAUGGAUGGAUGACUGAGGACCUGAUGCAGGACUGGCUGGAAGUGGUGUGGAGACGGAGGCCGGGAGCGGCCCCCAAGCAGCGAGGGAUGCUCAUCCUGAAUGGCUUCCGGGGCCACGCCACCGAUUCCGUGAAGAACUCCAUGGAAAGCAUGAACACCGACAUGGUGAUCAUCCCGGGGGGCCUGACCUCGCAGCUCCAGGUGCUGGACGUGGUGGUCUACAAGCCGCUGAAUGACAGCGUGCGGGCCCAGUACUCCAACUGGCUUCUGGCCGGGAACCUGGCGCUGAGCCCAACCGGGAAUGCCAAGAAGCCGCCCUUGGGCCUCUUUCUGGAGUGGGUCAUGGUCGCGUGGAAUAGCAUCCCAAGCGAAUCCAUCGUCCAGGGGUUCAAGAAGUGCCACAUCUCCAGCAACUUGGAGGAGGAAGACGACGUCCUGUGGGAAAUCGAAAGCGAGUUGCCAGGAGGAGGAGAGCCACCAAAAGAGUGUGACGGUGAAAGCGUGACUGAGGGCAACUGAAGGGGAAGUUGAAGCAAAUGGAACUGUGAUUGAAACAGUUGGGGAGAGUUCUUGAGAAGAUUAUUCCUGAAAGUAUGGAUGCACAGUGAACUGCAGGGAAAGGGCGUGGGGCCUGACCACACCCCAAGGUGUCAGAAAAGUCUAGGACCCUUAAUUUCAUCAGAGACAUGAUAGAAAAGAACCUGCUUCUGCUCCAUCUCUUGUUUUGGAGAUUACUCCAUCUGUCCAUCAAAAGAAACCUGUAAAUAUGAAACGAACAAAGGUAUUUCCUGGAGAAGAGACCAUUUGUUCAACACCAACAAGAGACUCAGCAUAUGGGCACAGCUCCAGUGGUGUCCUUUCUAUGGACAAAACCUCAAGUAAAAGUUUUAUUCUGCCUUUGAAAAUGCUUCCAAAAGUAGACCCACACAGGUCAAGACUACAGAGAAGGCUUUGUAGAAAUGUGUCAAUUAUAUAUACCUGCUACUUGUACAUUUCCUCUUUUGGGAAAAUGAGAUACUAAUGAUAACAAAAUUAAGACAUAGACAUACUGGCCUGGUGCCAGCAGAUGGCUUUUCUAUAGACAAACUAGGUUAGUGUGGAAGAUAUAGGUUAAAAUAAAAUAUGCUGUUUUAUUUAUCUUCCCAGUCUGGUUGGCAGCUAGACUUUUUUAGGGUCUCAUUUAAUGGCCCUAUUUUUUUCAUUAUUAUAUUUAAUAACAGGGCAGGAAUUAGUACACAAGGUCUUCUGUUUCUCAGGCUGCCUAUAGAAAAAGUCAUUAUAAAUUAUCUGCUGUCUCCAUGGUACAAGGCCCAUUGACUCAUCUGAUACUUGUUUUGUUAAUUUCUUUAAUAUUUUUUAUCACAAGGGUAGUGGGAGGGCUUGAGCCUUUAGCCACAGCUGUUUCAAGACUUCUAAUCUCCUUCUAGGUCGUCGAAUUUUUACAUGAUAGUAAUUUGCAUUCCCAGCUAAGUUGAAUGUUAUGAAAACAUUCCUUGAAAGCUAUCUGUGCUACAAAAAAAUAUGCCAGAACCUCAUAGAAAAAGCCAUUGCUAGAAAUGUCAUUCCAAUGUCAAAUCUGGGUAACAGGCUGCCAUAACCACUUUUCCUUCCUGUAGACUCAGCUCACCUGUAUAUUAUAAACUUUUUGGCAUCUCGAAACACCAGUUUCUACUCAGGUACUCAUUUUCCUGUUAGUGAUUCAUCUUUCUGAUCUUUCUAAACUACUUUUCCCCCUAAAGGAGGGAAAAUUUCACUUAAUUUCUAGUAUCUGAAUAACUUUCAGUAUCUGACUUGUUUCCCCAGUUGCUUUUACCUAUACUGUAUUCUUGGCCAUCUCAAAUGUCAUCUAAACCGAGCUACUCCAUUCCAGAAGUCUCCAUUCCCUGCAAUUCUACCUAAUUUCUCGUUCACUGUCCUAGUUACUGGCCCUUUCUUCAUGUCUUAUUUCACUUGCUUUGGGAGCUUAAAAGAUUUUACAAGACUUAAUUUUCGGUUCCUGCCUUGGAGCCAUAGUUAUCCUGCCAACAAGAGUAGAAAAUGGGUUCAACUCCUGUUUCAUUCCACCAACACCUCCGUGAGCCUCAUCAUCAGCUGAGAGAUGAUGCCUUACAGGUUGCAUAGCACUGGAACUUUCCUAGAGUAAUGGCUCUACUGUCAGGGUUUUUCUGGGCUCAUUCUUCCACUGACUUAAUUAUGAUCCACGUCUAACAGAGCCCCAGUACAACUAUUUUGCAGAAUGGCUAUUACCCUAGAGUUACUAUAGCACAUAUUGAGACAUGGUUGUACUCCCUAGUUGAUAGGAACUGACCCCAACAAUAAACUUUCAUAAUAAAGACAAUA